AGGCUGCAGGCUGCGGGCCGGCGCCCCCGCGGCCCCGCGACCAUGGCGCCCGCAGCCGCCGAGGAGGGCCGCGCCGGGGGCGGCGGCCCCCCCGGGGGGCCGCCGCCGCAGCUGCUCGCGGCGGCGACGAUCAGGUCCCCCGCCGUUGCUGCUCCGGUGUCCUCGUGGCGGCGCGACGAGGCCUCCGGGGCGGUCGUGAAGACCGCCGCCGCGGUCAAUUCCGACGUGCUCGUGACCGGGGGCCCCCACCCAGGGUCCGUGGACUGGCUCCACCACGCGGGCAGCUUCUGCUUCUCCGCGCCCUCGGGGCCGCGGGAGGCCGCCGUGGAGGGCGCGUUUCGCCGGUGCCGGUACGACGGCCAGUGCGCUUCGGAGGUGCUGAGCGAGGGGCUGUCGCGCUUGCCGGCGCCCCUCGCCGCAGACGAGCUCGAGGAGCUGCUGGGCUGGUGGAGCAGGCGGUGCUGGGAAGACCGCCGGACCAAGGAGGCCGCGGAAGCGAUCAAGCGCUGCGGCGGCAAGCUGGAGCGGGCGUUCACUGCCCUCUGCGGACCCGCUGGUGUCGGUUCUCUACCACCGCGCGGCGGGCGGGCCACGCGGCCUGCGCCGUGUCAGGGGGCAGCAGCGAGCUCCACCGCUUGUGGCAUCGCUGCCGCGAGGCUCACUGUUCGAUGGAAAGCACGGGGACCAUGGCCACGCUGUUGCGGGAUGUGUCGAUACCGAUCUUGGUCAUGGUCCAUGCCGGCCUUGGCCACGGCCCAUGGUCAUGGCCGUGAUCUCAUUAUAGUUUUAACCUUAGAGGAAUGAUACUUACCUGAACAUGAACUUUCAGAGUCCUGUGUGGAUUUUCUGGAUCUGCGCUGGGGCCCCCUGGCGGCGCCCCUGGCGCGCUGAGCGUGCCAGGGAGGGGGUCCAGCGCGAAUUCAAGAAAUCAGCGCGGACCCCCAACAGUUUAUGUUUACGCAGUUGUUCUUUCUUCUGAACCCAUCCCCAUCCUCAGCCCCACCAUCCCACCAUCCCAGCUGGGGAUAGGCCUCUCGAAACUCGAAGGAAACAGCCUGUAUUCUAGGCCUCCUAGAUGGGGUCGGGGUAGAUGGGGUCGCAGGAUCGCGCCGCAUCGCCGAUGCAUCGGCGAUGCAUCUGCGAUGCGGCUCGAUGUGGAGCCCGAUUUUCUCCACGUUGGCGUCGCCGAUG